AUGGGUAUUAUUGCCCCAAUGCCGAGAACCUUUCUAUUCCGCGGGCUUGCAGAUGAAGGUACCGAAAUUCAGGGAGAAUUUGGUACUGGGAUUCAGCGUAUGUACCUUGAAAUGUAUCAGAUCUCCGCAUGUCAGCUCGCAUAUUCUAAUAGGGACACUAUCAAAGAGCUGGUGCUUCGUCUAACACCGGAUGCCGAUGACGAGAUAGCCCUCGGAGAUAUAUCAGAGGACCUGGAAUCGCUAUUCAACUGCAUCUAUCCGAAACUCACCAGGCUAUCCAUCGAGACAGGACAGGAUGUGGUGGGGUGUUUUAGCUUGCCUGAUAUUAACCUGUUUCCAUCGCUGACCAGCCUUUCUCUGAACACAUACUGUGACUUUGACAUUGGUUUUUUUGUUGACGACGCAAGCGAUAACCUAACAUCUCUUACGAUAUACCUCACCAAACCCAUUGUGAGAUCGCUUCGUGGCCGCGUGUUCCCUAACCUCGUUUGUGUCCGUAUUCGGAAAACUGACAUAACGAUUGGGCUCUAUGGUAUCGACGCUGUAAUUGAGGCGGCACAUCUGCCUUUUUUAGUCGCGCCAAAUGCCGAAUAUAUCGAAGCCUACUGCCAUUCAUUGCGCUACCGUCAGUCUCCCCAAUCUUUCAUCCCGCAAAACCACUCGAAUCCGCAGCUUCGCCAUCUAAUUAUCAGCCAAACUACGCUUACCCUCAGCGUACUCCAGCAGGUUCUGGCUCAUUUCCCUGGGCUGAUUAGGAUUGGAGUUGACGGGAUCCAAUCCGAUGAAGGAGUCUAUCUUAAUACGUCGGACAACGAGGUUAGCAGGCUGCUGACGGAGCUCCCAAUCCUCAGUACUAGUCUGAGACGGAUUGAUUUUAUUACCUCGUGGACUGUCGAUUCGCUGAUGGUCGUCGCUAUUGCGAAGCUGCCCUCCCUCAGGAUGGUCACUAUCAGAGCUGCCAGUGAAAUGCUUGAUGAAUAUAAGGAAGAAAUCGGCAAAUCGGUAUAG